AUGUCUUCGCCGGAGGAGGCGCCGGUUGCGCCGGCCGCGGAGGGCGAGCUGCCCCCGGAGUGGGAGGCGGACGAAGAGCGCAUGGCUUUCCUGUUCUCGGCCUUCAAGCAGAGCCGGGAGGUCAACGCCACCGAGUGGGACAGCAAGAUGCUCUUCUGGAGCGAGCUGGUGCUGAAGUGGGGGCGGCGCCGCGGAGGCGUCCGGACCUGCCUGCGGGAGCUGCAGCAGGCCUUCGAGCGGCGGGGCAGCGUCCCCCUGGGCCUGGGCACCGUCCUGAGAGAGCUGCUCAGGUACCGCCCGGCGGCGGGGGGGGGAAGAAGGGCUUCUCUCUCUCUCUCUCUCUCUCUCUCUCUCUCGGCCCCCCUCGCUUAGCCCCCUUCCAGGCUGCAGCUGUGCCUCUGAGCGCGGGCAGAGGGAAGGUCUUGCCCUGCUGGGCGAGGGGGUGCUGGGGGGAGGACGAAGAAAGGAGGGGGCAAGAGAAGACUUGUUGUUGUUGUUGUUUGUUUACACCCUGACUUCGCCCUUGACAGGGACUCAAGGCGGUUUGCAGAUAAAAACAACAGCUAAAGAACAUGGGGGAAAUCCCACAAUUAUUAAAUAACAUGAUUAAAACUAUCAAUAGCUAUAGUUCUCUAUGUAUCUGUCUAAGCUCUUAAAAUAUACAGAUAAGUACAAUAAAAACAGCACAGCACCAGCUGUUUCAUUAAAAGCAGUCAGUUCCCAAAAGCUUGUUGGAACAAGAAAAGCUUCACCUGCUGGCAAAAGGACCAUAAUUUGUGAUCUAGUAACCUAUUAGUUCAGUUCUAUUUAAACAUCCAUCAAGGCAUGACUGCAUAUUGAUGUCAACCAAAAUAUUUAUGUUGACAGCUAGCAACUCCGUUCAGCUCAACUUUGUGUCAAAUAAAAUAAAAAAAUUCCUUCCAGUAGCACCUUAGAGACCAACUAAGUUUGUUACUGGUAUGAGCUUUCUUGUGCAUGCACACUUCUUCGUUUUGUUUUGACUACGGCAGACCAACACGGCUACCUACCUGUAACUAGAUCUGUUAGUUAGUUAGUCAAAUGAUACUGAUAUUCAGUACUCUCUUGCUUUUUUGUUCUUCUGUAAGGUACUUAGGGAGUCCUUUGCCUAAAGAAUGUGGUUAAUAAAUAAAAUUAAGUCUGCUGUUGUGAAUAAAAUUAGCACAGAUUUCUGGCCAUAUAAGAAUUUUACUGGUCUUUAACAUCAUUAUCUUCUUAUUAUUAUUACUGGUCUUUAACAUUCUUGUUUUCCUGCCACUGCUACUCUUCCGGAGGCUGGUGUGCUUAUCUUGUAUGCAUUUGAGUGACCUUUGCAUAAAAAUUUCCCCAGGUAGGGAAUGCACAUAACAUGUUGGCUAAACAAGUGAAAGGAGAGGUUGUGGAUAACUCAGCUCUGCCCCCCCCUACAGGGUCCCCAGUAGCUUUCAACACCCUCUAACUAUUUUAAGGGCAACUAUAAGGCUUUAAGGUGGCACAACAUUUACUUACUUACUUUCCCAUUCUUUUAGGGCCAGCCGUUGCAAAACAUUUUAUAAUAUAUAUAUUUUUAAGAAAACAAAGUAAUUAACAAACAUAACAAAACUCGGCAUAUUUAGGGAGCUAUAAUAUCCUGGUCCCAAACUGUUCUGAGCUUUGUUCACAUCUGGCACCAGAAGUCACCUGUGUGAUACCUUCCAUAUAUUACGGGGCUACCACAAUUUUUUCUCAAGUUUUAGAUAGUCAGUAGGGAACCUCUGGCUCAUGGUCUCACCAGGGCUCCCCAUUUGGCCCACUAGGCUAUUCUGGCUAAGCCACGCACACCAGCCCAGUGGCGCUAGCGAAAUUCUGUGAGUAGUGUGUUGGGAGGCUCUCUACAAGCACUGACAAUCAGCUGGUUGAACAUGCUUGCAGGGAGCUUUGUGCUGUGCUUUGAAGGUCUUAUGAGGAACGGUUGAAGGAGCUGGGUAUGUUUAGCUUGGAAAAAGGUGUUUGAGAGGAGGUAAGAUAGCCAUCUUCAAAUAUUGGGCUCAAACCAAUGGCUUCAAGACAAGAAAAGAGAUUCCGACUAAAUAUCAGGAAGAACUUCUGACAGUAUGAGCUGUUUGACAGUGGAAUGGACUCCCUAAGGAGGUUGUGGAAUCUCCUUCCUUGGAGGUUUUUAAGCAGAGCUUGGAUGGCCAUCUGCCAUGGAUGCUUUAGCUGUGCUUCCUGCAUUGCAGGGGAUUGGACUAGAUGACCCUUGGGGUCCCUUCCAACUCUACAAUUCUGUAAUUUUACAAAGCCCUGACAAUCAGCUGUUUGUCAGAGCUUCAAAGCAUUGCAUCUCCGCUGUCAGAGUUGUCUGUGGGGGUGGGGAAGGGGAGAUAACAUUCCAACAUGCCAGCCAGAUCCAGUUCCCCACCCUGUCCUGGAGAGUGAUCUGUCUUAGCAUGUUUAUUUUACAAGCUGAAAACUUGGACUCCCAUGUUUGCCUAACGUUUGGAGUUGGCAUCUAUUAAUUGUUUCUAAUGAGCUUAUGAAAUGGAAAAUUUUCUGUGGGGAAAAUAAAGCACUGGAAAAUGUUCUGUUCCGCAUUACUUCUUUUCAGCCAUUUCCAAUAAUAAUAAACUCUGCAUUGAGAUUGCUUUUAGUAUACUAACCUGCUCCGUCAAAAAAAGUUCUGCUGUUAUUUUAAAGUUCAACCUUAUUUUACAGGACUAAACUUAAAUCCCCAUGCACUCACUUUCCUCAUCAUCUUUCUUUGCGGGUGCAAUGGGGGCAUGCCCAGUAUUCUCUUGUGACCCUGAUAUUUUGUCCCUUAUUGCUUCCUGCAUUUGUUCCCACUUGUUGUUCUUACAUUUUGAUAAUUCAAAGGUAAAUUACAAAUAUCAGGAAGUAAAGUAAGAUACUCAUGUUAAUAUUGCGUACAUUAUUUGUAUACAUAAAUUGUUUUAAAUAAUUUAAUAAAUAAUAACUUAAUUGACUAUAGGUUGAUAGGUGUAAUAUCUCAACCUUCUUCGAUGUGAAAGAAUAAAAUGCAUAGUCUGUUAAAAGUUAAAGUUUCACUGUGUUUUCUAUGUCUCCCAUUGAUAAGAAAGGGUUUCUGUUCCUCCAUUUCAUUAUUCUAAUAAAAUGUAAACAAGUUCCAUUGUUCCAACUGUUAAAUACCUGAUAUUAGUUUUUCCAGCCCCCACAGCAACACAGUUUCAGUAUAUUUAGCACUUUUCCAAUGGCAUAUGUACUGCAGACCUAUACUUAACUCCGAAGUCCCUAUAGUACAGGGUGAGUCUUUUAAAAGAGGCCCCAUGGAACAUGUGUACUCUGUAUCCACGGGGCCUCUUUUAAAGGACUCACCCCGUAUCAACCUUUUACAGUGGUAGUCUCGCUUUUUAAAGACCUGGAGCCCACCUUUAAUCCAAACAUGUACUUGGAGACCCAUUCCUUAUUAUUAUUAUUACAAUAUAUUUGCAUAGUGAUAGUGCUGCUGUUGCCCAUCUUGAAGACUACUGCUUUACAGUAUCCUCUGCAUUUAUCAUACCCAUACUUCUUCAGUACAAGAUAGCAGUAGCAUGGCAUUCACAGAAGGCUGAUUUUUGUCAAUUUAGAUAAGUAUUCCCUUUGGCUUUGCUGAAAUUUACAGCGUUUAUAUAUUGCUCUUCCUUCAGACGUGGCAAGUUGCAGAGGGAAUCUGACUUCAUGACCAGCGUAGACAGCAGCUGGAUCUCCUGGGGCGUUGGGGUCUUUAUUCUGAAGCCACUGAAGUGGACCCUGUCUAGUGUAUUAGGUGACAGCAAAGUGCCAGAGGAGGAGGAAAUUCUGAUCUAUGUGGAGUUACUUCAGGUAGGCUUUCUGAUGCUUGGCGAUCACAUAUCAUGAGGAUGUUGGGGAGAGCUGAUGGUUUCUGUUAUGCAAUGAUAAAAAAUAUUGUUGAGUGUUUGGGAAACACUUGAAGAGACCUGUAGCUGAAGAGACCUGUACAGUGGUACCUCGGGUUAAGUACUUAAUUCGUUCCGGAGGUCCGUUCUUCACCUGAAACUGUUCUUAACCUGAAGCACCACUUUAGCUAAUGGGGCCUCCCGCUGCUGCCGCGCCGCCGGAGCACAAUUUCUGUUCUCAUCCUGAAGCAAAGUUCUUAAACCGAAGUAAUAUUUCUGGGUUAGCGGAGUCUGUAACCUGAAGCGUAUGUAACCCGAGGUACCACUGUAGUUGUUUUGAUAUACAGUGUUACCUUGGUUUUCGAGCGUCUUGAAAGCCAAAUGUUUCAGAACCUGAACGCCGAAAACCCGGAAGUAAUUGCUUCCGUUUCUGAACGCGCCUUAGAAGUUGAAUGGCUUCUGCUGUGUUUUUUCCUUUUUUCUCCAUUGAGUUUGCAGACUGCCCUUUGCGCCUCGGUUGUCAAACGUUUCGAAGGUUGAACGGUCUUCCGGAAUGAAUUAUGUUCAACAACCAAAGUACCACUGUAUGUUCAGGAAAUCACUCAGAGGAUCCCUCAUGCACACAUACCCAACAGUUCAUAGAGCUGUUGUGGAUUACCAGGAACAUGGAUAUUUAAUGAAUGUGUACUGCAAAUUCUCCUCACGCUUUUUCAGAGCUCUCUACCAUACUUGCAAGGGAUUUCCAUCUUUAUACCUUAAUGUAUUUCUUGUUUAGUUUUAAGUUCAGAUAUCUGCUCCCUGUGGUGCAACUUGAACCAUGUAAAUAUAGUUUGGAGUGGCGCUUUCCAUAAUUCCAGGAUGUCUUCAGUCAAGUGUAAUUUACAGUAACCCAGCCAAUCACUACGGCUUUAACUCUGCACUGCGCUGCACUAAGAACAGCAUAUAUCUUUCCCAUUCAGUAUCAUCUUGCUUAAAUAUUCAAGUAACUAAUUUUUGAAAGAAGCCUAUUUUCUCACCCAUGUAGGUUGAGAAUAGAAUAGAAUUAUUGAAUAGAAUUAUUGCAUUGCAAUUUGUGAUCAUAUUCUGACUGGGAAUCAGUAGGAAUCCUUCAGAAAGGGAAGGAAGAGCUGUAGGCCAGCUCACUUCCAUAAACACGUUCCAUUAUAUAUUUGAGGAAGCAGAGAAAUCUGACCAGAUUAGCAGUUCUCCUUCUCACCCUACGACCCUCAAGUGUUAUUGUAUCUCUGCUUUAAUAUUUAAAAGUUUCUCCUUUGCUCUUCACACCCAGAAACCUUAAAGAUGAAGGUAAUCUUAGGGAGUAGCAGAGUGAAGAUUAAUACUAUUUUUAAAAAGCAUUUUUAUAUUGUUCUGCUGCUGAAAAAACUCCCCCAGGUUGUUGUUUUUUGAGAUCAGUAGUAAACAAGAUAGUCCCUGUUCUCAGGCUUUCAACCUAAAAGACAUGAUACAGUAGGGGAAAGGGACGAAGAUGUAAAACAGGUGAACCCAGCCACUCUUUUUAUAGUCAAAAGGCUCUUAUAAUUGCCAGUUUGAAUGGAAACAGGGAGCCAAAGUGAGCUGGCCGCUUAGCAGAGUGGCCUUGCUUCUGGUCUUUCCCUGUGCUGCCCAUAGUUGUUCUUUAACUGCAUACCUUAAUUAGACAUGUGUGCUGACUUAUACUGACUGUUUAUUUGCUGCAAGCUAGAGACCAGAAACAGGUGGGCUACCGAUUAUCUAAUGAUACUCAAAUCUAGUCUGUAGCUGAACAGUAAAAACCACUUAUCUAAACUGUGGUGUGCUCUGUACUGUAUUGUGAAUGAGGUUUGAAUGUCAUCUGUAGCAAUGCCUUGCCAUUUCUGAGUCAGGUUAGGAUAUUAAGCAAUUCUGGUUUAGUUUGUGCAUGGUACCCACAACAGAGGCAAGGAAUAAAGAGUUCAGUGCAAAUGGUUAUUUUCUUUAGGAAAAGGCAGAAGAAGUGUAUCAUCUCUACCAGAAUUCCACACUUUCUUCACACCCUGUGGUUGGCCUGUCAGAGCUGCGUUCCCUGUGCACUAGCAUUUGUUCAGACGAAAGGACGUUCUGUCUGGUACUGCUGCAGCUGCAGAAGGAAAAAAGGGUCACAGUGCUGGAGCAGAAUGGCAAUAAGGUAGGGUUUUCAUAUUUUGAAGAGCAAGAAAGAGGACACAUUUGCCAACUUCUACUUUUAACUAUGGAUCGCUAGGAUGAAACUCAUUUUACAUACCCAUGAAAAAGAAGACAUGUCCUGGAAAAAGAGGAUAUAUGGCAACCCUAAUAAAGAGUUAAAAUGUGAGUUGCAUUUCUGGGAGUUGUGCCGUCUCUAAACGGAAAUAAGUUGGGCCAAAUAAAGCCAGUCUUCCAUUUGCCCUGUGCUCACUCAUUCAGCAAAAGGUUCCCCCUCUAAAAUGAAAACCCAAAGUGGCAAUGAAGAUAUCUGCAGCAUUUAAGUGAGAUAAGGCAGCAUUAAGCUGAAUUUGUCAUUUCAUAAUUAAGAAGGGAAACAUGGGCUUCUGGGCAAGAGAAGGGUUGGUCAUAUCCUCAUCUAUAAUAUACUGUCAUCCCACCUCCUCCAAAUAAUUCUGAGGUUGUGGGAAUUUGAACUUUUUUGGCUAUGACGUAUGGAGUGAACAUAAUAGUUGAAAAGGCUUGGUUAGCUCUGGAUUGCAGAAAUGCCGUGGAGGUCUGCUAUUUUCUUGUAAUUGUACUUCAGGCAAUAUCUUGUACUGCCCUGAAAGUAUAAGAUAGCUGAUUGAGGAGGGAUGGUGGGGUCUACUGUAUAGACUUUAAAAUGUGGUUCAUAAUUUUACAGAACUUGGUUAAUGCAAGAUAUUCAGUGUUUCACAAAUGAAGAUAGAGACAUGCUUAUAACAGCGUUGGUGCAAAAAUCAUUGACUCCCCAAAUCUAUGUUGCUGAAAUGUCUUCUCUGACGGCUGUAUUCAUCACUUACUCUUCAGUAGACUUCCCACUUUAGAUACCAAGAGGAUGUUUGUUCUUUUGGUUAAAUAUAGGCUAGAAAAAACACAUGUUACCUCAUAACAUGGGUAGGCAAACUAAGUCCCGGGGGCUAGAUCCGGCCCAAUCGCCUGUGGACGGUCCAGGAAUCAGCAUGUUUUUACAUGAGUAGAAGGUGUCCUUUUAUUUAAAAUGCAUCUCUGGGUUAUUUGUGGGGCCUGCCUGGUGUUUUUACAUGAGUAGAAUGUGUGCUUUUAUUUAAAAUGCACCUCAGGUUAUUUGUGGGGCAUAGGAAUUUGUUAAUUUUUUUUACCUUUCAAAAUACAGUCCAGCUCCCCACAAGGUCUGAGGGACAGUGGACCGGCCUCCUGCUGAAAAAGUUUGCUGACCCAUGUCCUACAAUUUGUUAACAACAUAUUCAAAUAGGGUAUGUGUGGAAUGGCAGCUUGAGCACUACAUCAUGCCUGUGCUUUUACAUAUUUGCAUUAGAGAUAAGAUGCAUCCACCUCACAGCUCAAAUUUUAAUUUCUGUCAACCAGGGAAAAAGAUGUUGAAACCUGAAGAAGUCCAGCAACUCUAAUAAAGUAUCUCUAAAAUACAAAAAUAGGGAUGUAUACUGGAAAGCAGAAAGUCUCCCUGGGAAAUAAGAGACAAUUGGACCUUAAGAUGAUGGGAUGAGAUCUUAUGUCAUAAUGAAAUUCUCUUUCAGAUAAUGAAAUUUGCUCGAGGUCUUCAUACCAAAGUAUCUCCAGUGAAUGAUGUUGACAUUGGGGUUUAUCAGCUCAUGCAAAGUGAACAGCUGCUGUCUCAGAAAGUGGAGUCCCUGGCACAAGAAGCAGAGAGGUAAUAUGGGUGUGUGUCCUUUACAUCCUUAAAGCUGUCAGUUAUGUCACAACUCAUGCAUUGCUGAGCUGUGGUCCUUCAGGCAAGGGGCAUCUUUUAAUCAAUUUUUAUUAAAAGUUUUCCACAUAAAAUACAAUAAAAGCCAAACUAAUCUAGAGAAAAGAGAUAAGAAAAAAGGAACAAUAAGAAUAUAAAGAAGAAGAAAGAGAAGGAAAAAAAGAGAAAGUGAAUACAAAGCCCUCUAUCAGAAUUAUAUCUUAACCCUUUAACCUCACACAGAAGAGUGAACCCUCCCAGCUCUCACCUGCGUGCUUCUCCUUCUUUCUCCAGCCUCUCUACCCUGCUCUUCACACAGGGCCCCCCAUCUUCCGCCCACCACCUUCCUGUGUGUAUCUUCAUUAAUCCAAAAUAGGGAACUUCAAAAAGCAAAGCAUAAAUGUAGAUAGAAUUAACCAAAGAAAAACAAGAAUUGGAGAUCAUAGAAAAGAAAAGAAAAGAAAAGAAAAGAAAAGAGAAGGGCAAUUGGGUAUAUGACAGUUAUUCAAAGUAUGCACUCCAGGAUAACAAUCUAACUGUAUUAUACAGCUGUUUCUCAAUCUGCUAGGUGUUGUUUUUUCAAUCUUCCAUCCUGUUCAUCUCAAAUUCACCUUUUCCUACUCAAAAGUCAAGAAGCAGCUCUUCAAUUAUUAUAAUUAAAUGUCUUAAAUAGUCCUCUAAUCCAGUAUGAUGAAUUUCUCCCCAACGGUUCUGAGAAAUCUAAAAAGCAUAAUAGUCCAUAUUUAUUUGCUUGUUGUGUCUUCAUUGCUUUGUACAGUGGUACUUAUAGAUGCGAACGGGAUCUGUUCCGGAGUCCCAUUCGCAUCUAGAAGCAAACGUAACCCGUGUCUGCGUGUGCGCGGGUCACAUUUCGGCGCUUCUGCGCAUGCGCACGACGUCAUUUUGAGCAUCUGCGCAUGCGCAAGCGGCGAAACCUGUUACUUCCGGGUUGCCGCGGAGCGCAAUUUGAACGCGCUCAUCCCGAAGCACAUUCAACCCAAGGUAUGACUGUACUUGGUUCCAUAUAUUUCAGUCCCAUUUCCUGUUGACCAUGCUUACUCUUAACUUAAAGGAAAAAGGAAAAAUCCUUCUACUUUUUCCAUUUUUCAUCGAAACCAAUUGUCAAGAGCUUUAUUCACUUCAAUUUGUGCACAUGGCCCUUUCUCUCUCAGUUCCAUCUUUGCUAUCUUUGGUUCUCUCUUAACGUCCAUAUUCAUAAAUCCAUUCAUUUCUUCCGGCAUCACAACAACAUCUUUCAAUUCAUCAUCUGCUGUUAUCCAUUUUGCCUUUACCUUCUCAUAUUCCAUCAGAAGAGGAUCCAUCUCUUUUUCCACAGGUCCUGUGUGUUCUUUAGUCAGAUGCAUCUCUGAUCCAAUCUCUUUGAAUGUUCAAUGCAUCUCAGCUCUUAAUUUUGUCAGCUGUUCAUCCAGCAGCCGCUGCAUGACACCAACAAUAGAUGAGGCAUUUAGCGUUGCCUUUGCCAUAUUGGGUUCUAUUCAUCUCCCCCUUUGGCAGUCUCUGCAUCCAGGAACUUGUGCAUGUUCAGGCAAGGGGCAUCUUCACUGCUGAACUACAGUUAAGGCAUUUGGUAAAUCAUGACCUUGUUUUUAUAAAGCUUCUUUAUAAAAGGGUACAAAAAAUAUGAGCGGAGCAGAUCUACAAAUGCUUCAGUAGUGAUACUGAGAUGCACCACAUGUGUGGGGCUACAAUCUCCCAUCAGUCUAAGAAUGACCACCUAAUACGUAAUAAAUAAGAAACUGAGCUGCUUACACUUUGCUUUUGUAGAUGUAAAGAGGAGGCCCGGAGUGCAUGUAGAGCUGGGAAAAAGCAGCUGGUAAGUCCUGUGUUUUCUUAACUAGGCAACCAAAAGUUGUGUGGGAAGUGUACGUCCAAAGCCAACCUGCUUCAAAGGUCAUGUGUUUUCGUGAGUUUAGCACAUGGGUAGGCAAACUAAGGCCUGGGGGCCAGAUCCGACCCAAUUGCCUUCUAAAUCUGGCCUGUGGACAGUCUGGGAAUCAGCGUGUUUUUACAUGAGUCUUAAGGACAUUCAUUCACUUAGCUGGAUAAGCUUUGAGGGGAAGACAACCACUGUGCAUGUCCUCCUGCACUGAGAUGACUGUUUUAAAUAGGGAGUUAUUUCAGGCUGCUCUUGAUGGUUCAUCAAAACUGUGCCUUUAUGUUCUUAGGCACUUAGGUCUUUGAAAUCAAAACGAAGAACAGAAAGACGUAUUGCAGAACUUCACUCGAAGCUGGACGUAGUACAAGGCAUCCUGGACCGGAUCUACGCCUCUCAGACAGAUCAGAUGGUAUUCCUUUACUGAUGUGUCGCCAUUGACUCCGCUUUGCUCUGUUUAAUUCUUCUGUCUAAGAUUUCUGCUUGAAGAUCUGCUUUAUGUUGGAAAUACACAUUCUUUUCACUGCAGUCUGGGGCUUGUUCACACACUUCUUACCCCUUGCAGCUAUAAUGGAGGUAGCCAAUGUGGUACUGUCCAGGUAUUACAGUCCAAGUCAGCAUGACAGAUAGUCAGGCCUGAUGGGAACUGUACUCUAGCAGCAUCUAGAAGGCAUCAAAUGGUCUUUCCUGUACUCAAAUAUUUCUUCCUUUCUAUCUCUCAGCUUCUCUUCCUGACACAGAGCAUGCAUUGGCUUUGGUGCAUCUAUGGCCGGUUGAUCCCCAUUUGCCUGUUGUUGUGUGUCACUGCUGUUAGCAAGAUGCCUCAGUAGACAUGUGUUUCAUUCUAGAAGCUUUAUAAAUUAUAAACUUUAGACAUUGGCAGUAGUACUUCUUGGCAGAUUUACCCAGUAACUUAAACUCACAUAGUAUUUAAUUUAUAGGGUAGGAUAUUUAUUGAUGUACAUACACAUCAUCAGUGAGGAAUUGCUCAGUAAUGAUAAACAUUUUCUUGAUGUGGGAGAAUUAGCUGAUUAAUUCUAACCAAGCAGAAGCAUGCAAAGCGUAAAAGGAAAUGGAAUUGUGUUUAUAAAGCGCAGCUUGGAAGGCAUGCUAACCUGCUCUCUCACUGGGCUCACUUUGCAUACUAAGCCUCAGUCUAGGCCUAAUCAGGCCUGCGGCAGGGAGGACCAGUGAGUGGCUUCUGAAAUACGGACACAUGUCAAGAUAGGAAAAAGGAGCAGAUGUGGAGGCCACAAUUUGUAGUGAAAGUACCUGUGGAAGACAGGAUAGGGAGCAAGCUUGGUGGAGAAUCCUGAAGUAGAAAGAACUGGGUGCAUUGAAACUCCUGAGUCUUUCAGAAAAAUGUUGAAGAAAGUAAGGGGUCCUGAAAGUGGCUCCUCUGCAAAAGUUCACUGUCCCAAGCAUAUGGCUUGCAAAAUAUUUCAGUUGAGAUUACAACUUUAACUCCCUCAUCUACUUUUCCCUCAGAACUCAAGUGGCCUCCUGACAAAGUAAAUCCAACUGAAGCCAUUUUAAAAAUCAUAUAGGCAAUAUUGAGGUGGAAUGCCUGCCAGAAUCAGUAUUAUUUAUUAUUUAUUUAGAGCAUUUAUAUCCUGUUCUUCAGCCCAAAAGGCUCCCUGAGCAGCUAACAUGAAAUUAAAACAAGACACUCCCUAACCACAGACUAACUUACUUACAAAUAAAUAAAUAAAUAAAUAAAUAGGCUAUUUAGAAAGGUGAAGAACUGCAACAGAUUACUGAAAAUACUUGUAAAAUAACAGGCUAUUCUCUUUCCUCCCAAUAAGGUAUUUAAUGCUUACCAGGCUGGAGUUGGAGCUCUGAAGUUAUCCAUGAAAGAUGUCACCGUGGAAAAGGCAGAGAACCUGGUGGAUCAGAUUCAAGAGGUACUAUAAAGAGGAAAAACAAAUAAUCUCUAUGCAAGUGUUAGUUAAAUGAGAAUCACAUUCGUGCUGCAGGCUGCUUCUUAGCUGUCUGUUAAGUGGUUUCCAUGUCUGCCUUUGCUUAGCCCUUCUUAGCAGGCUUUAUUUCAGAAGCCAGGGUGGUGUAGUGGUUAGAGCAGGGGCCAAUGAUCUCCCUCCAGUCCUCUGUCUGGCCCUUCAGACUUUCCUCGGUCUAUACCCCUCACUGGCUCUGCUGCACAUCGUCCUGCAGUUAUUUUGGAAUCUGUCCUUGUACUGCAAUAAUGGAGAGACGUAAGUGUAGAACCCUCUGAACUGUUUGUGACUAGACUGUAGUCAUUGGAAGGUUGCCCAUGAGGGGAUGCAUCCCUCAGGCUUGAAAAAUGUUCCCUAGCCCUGAACUAGAGUGUGGUAGUCAGCUAGGGAGAUCCAAAUACUUGCUCACCCAUGAAGCAUGCUGAAUUGCUGUGGACAAAUCACUAUGGUCUAGCUUAGCCUGCCUUGCAGGAUCAUUGUGGGAUUAAAAUGAAGGAUUUGAUGUGUGCCAACUGAGCUCCUUGGAAGGUGGAUUAAAAGUGUAAUAAAUGGCAGUAUCUGCUGCUUUUUUCAGCUUUGUGACACCCAGGAUGAAGUAGCGCAAACCUUAGCAGGAGUUGGAAUCAAUGGCUUAGGUGAGUCCAAACUCUUAAGCCACCAAACCCUUGUUGUUAGGUUUUCUAGCUUACAACCUCAUAUUCAGACAUUUGAACAGAAUCUUCCUCAAAUGGUGGUGCUGGUCAGCAUGAUGGGAAUUGUAGUCCAAAAUAUCUGGAGGACAGUGGCCUAGCAUGGGUUGCCAGUGCCCUAGGCAAGGCAAGUAUUGCGCCCCCUAACCUGUGAGAAGAAGCAAUCCUACAUCGCAGUUUGGGGAGCCCCACCAUGCGAGAGUCUGUCCCUACUCUGCACUUGAGGGAUAUGGGGCAUCUAGCACCAACUGCUGACAUCACAGGUUAUGGUGAGCACAGAGUAACCCUUCAGAUGGGAGCAGCACUCCAGUGGUGCAAACCUUUCCCUUGUCGGCAUGCACUCUGCGCAAGCGCUGUGGCUCCUUCCUUUUCGUGCACCCGAGGAGAGCCCCACACUUGGAGAAAAGGUGGUGGUGACGGUGGAUUUGGUUUCAAAGAGCGGCACGUGGCAGCGGAGUGCGGGCCACCAGGGCUGUCCUUGAGUGGGCUGGGCAGCACUAUCCCCACUGGAGUGGGCUGAAGCGAGUGGGAGUGUCUCUGCCAAGGCGCAGGACAAUGGGCGGAGGAAGCUGGCAGCAGGCAGGACGGAGGUGCUGGCUGCCCCUUGACCAUCAAAGCGUCUUCAUGCAGCACUGCUGCUGUUGCCAAGCAGAGCCAUGGAGCAGCGGUAGGACAUGCAUCCAUGCCUCCUCAGGCUGGGGUGCCGCCACCACCCUAAGUCUUGCUGCUCGCCUGCCUCCCCCACAAGGUGCUCGCACCCAGCCUGGUGCUGCCUGGCCGUGAGUUGAGGUGACCCACUUGUAGCUUGCGCUGGUGCAGCAGACCUGGGCUUGAAUGGGAGAAAAAAGUGAACGAAAAUUCCAAGGGUCCAGUGCCUAGUGGUGGCGAGGAUCAGUUUUGUGAGCAGAAAGAAAACUUCGAGAAAGGAGCUGAGCCGCCACAGCAGCAGAGGCUUGGAGGUGGGGAAGCAUCCCUUACCCAACUUGCCACCCUCCACAUACUUGCUUGAGGAGACCUAGUUGGGACAGGCUGACAUAGUGCCCCUUGUGGUCUGUAAAAGGCAUGAGUGAGGUGGGUCCCAUUUCCAACUGUAAUAUGUUGCCACUAAUUGACGAUUUUUUUGUUAGGAAAAACAACAAGAGCACAUUCUCAGUAGGGCUGAGCAGAAUAAGAGAACCUUCUUCAAGCUCUUGCCCUUCUUACAGAUCUUAAGAAGGUUAUAGUACAUCUUACAGCUAUGUGUCCUGGAGCUAAUCUCUCUUGCUGAGCAUGUCUUCUAAUCCUAUGUGCAGUUAGUAGGGCAUAGGCACUGUUGAACUCUGUGGGACUUGAUUCUGAGUCAAUUCACCAGGAGCCCAAGCUGUAUGUCACACUGGAAUGUAUUUGUUCUCCAGUAUCAGAAGCUGAUGCCGAGGAGCUGGAAAAGGAGCUGGACACUCUUCUCCUGGACUCCUCAAAAGAUCUUCUGGACCUGCCUUCCGUUCCACAGAAGCCACUGUUUCCUACGUCCGUAGUGCUUCCUAGCAUCUCAGAUGCUGAGCUUGAAGCAGAGCUGGAAAAGCUCACUCAUUCAGUUGGAGGUAUGUUUCUGUUAUAUUGUUUUCCAGAGUCUAAUGUUGCCUCUUAAAGACCCAGUUUACUAUAGCUAAUUGACCACCAUGAAUGUGCUACUUGGCUUCUUAAUUAAUGCAUUAAUUCCAUGCAUUAAUGCAUGGAAGAAAGACGCCACGAUUUCUUGCUUUGCAUUAUGUCCAGACUGGAGGUUGUGGUUGGUUUUGCUAACAAACCACAAUCUGUAGCCAUGAUUUAUUCUUGGCUUACUGAAAGUGAUUUGUUUGAGCAAAACAAGCCACAGUCCCUGGUUUGGACAUGAUGCACAACCAGGGAUUGUCGUUUGCUUUCCCUUCAGCCUAGUGGGGAAAAGCAAAGGUGGCACAGUCAGCAUGUUUGUGGUAAUCUACAGUGGUACCUCAGGUUACAUACACUUCAGGUUACAUACGCUUCAGGUUACAGACUCCGCUAACCCAGAAAUAAUGCUUCGGGUUAAGAACUUUGCUUCAGGAUGAGAACGGAAAUCAUGCUCCGGCGGCGCGGCGGCAGCGGGAGGCCCCAUUAGCUAAAGUGAUGCUUCAGGUUAAGAACAGUUUCAGGUUAAGAACAGACCUCCGGAACGAAUUAAGUACUUAACCCGAGGUACCACUGUAUUGUGGCAUGCAAACAAGGCCAAAACUUGUAGAGAUCCCACUAGCAGGCUCCCUGCAGGGUUAUGCUCUCUUUCUUCCCAAGUGUGUUACUCUGGGCUUCUUAGCUAAGUCGAUUGCAUGCCAGUACAGAAUUCUUUUUCUAGAGGACAGUUAAAAGGACCUGAAUCUUGUUCAGUUCCACGCCUCUCUCUAGCUGCCCUGGCAGUGUCCCUCCAACUCCUAUAGCUCCUUGUGCUACACAGUCAUCUCAUUUACCCUCUGAGAAUAAAAAUGGCUGCUUCUCUGUUGCCCUUCUUAGGAUUUAAAUCUGAGCUUGGAUGCAAAGGUGCAUGAAGGCUGGUAGGCCAGACAUUCCCUGGCCACAGGAGGGAGGCCUACCCGAAGACUUGGGUGUGUAGUAGACGUGGCCUAUUGCCAUAGAUCCAUAGGGGCAGACCUUCCUGCUUUCUAGUUUUGAAAAUCUCCUAUAUCCAACUAAGGAGCAAGAGCUGUUUAGCAGGGGAUAUGCACAUACUUUCUUAUUUAUGUAAUUGUCAGUGGAAAUGGUGCUUUACAAAAUAAUAAAAAAGACAGGCCUCUUCCCCACAAGCUUAACAAUGUAAAUUUUAAUUGAGUGUAGGCAUGUCAUUAUGCAUACUUAAAUUUGCUUCUACCGCAGUUGCAAGUGUGUUUGACCUUCUUCCUUUUUGCACCAUUUACAGGAUUGGCACUAAAGACUGACUCAAAGGCCUCUGAGCCCAAAGGAGCUCUGGAACUGCAUCUCUAA